AUGGAUCUGUUUUCCAGCCAUCUGGACGUGCUGCUGCAGGUGGACUUCUUCGAGAUCACCUUGGCAGGUGUCUGGGGGCGUUUUCUUCCAAUCUUGGGGUGUGCUCAAUCACCAGAGCAGAACUGA